CCUCGCAUCCGUCCACCCCACUUCACUCUCACCACCUGCAUCGGAACAGCACCGCGGACGUGAGCGUACAAGAUGUCGGACGAUACGAGAGAGAGAGAGGAAAUCAAUUUAUUGUCGCAUAUGGCCUUUACUUUUGGGCGACCACCAACUUCCCAACCUUUCCUGCUAGCUCCGCUGUCGGACGAUACGAAUCCAACACCCUGUGUGGCGGUAAGAGACAGUUCGAAUGCAGCAAUCGUGAUCGCAGACAGCUUGGAAUCGGCCCAUGAAGCCACAGCGAAUUUGACCUUGGUCCUCGCUGAGACGGACGGCGCGGGCUCGACGAGAACCGAAGUUACCGCCGGUAUCGGUAUGCCUGCUGUAUCCAUAGAUGCGAAGGAUGAAGGAGGAAGCACUGUCGCACCGGUUGUAUCCGGCGACUCGGGCGGUGGGACUACCAGGUAUGGGAAUGGUCUGUUCGGACGGAAGACUGUUAGGGCCCGGCGACCCAGCCCCUUCCGGGGCAUAGCCCAGGACGGACUGAACGGACGGUUGCCAGGCCUGGGGACUACUAUGGACACACCGGCUGUACUCAUAGAUUCGAAGGAUGGAGGAGGCACUGCCGCGACUGUUGCAUCCGGCGAAUCGGGCGGUGAGAUUGCUAUGGGCACACCGGCUGUACCCAUCGAUUCGAAGGAUGGAGGAGGCACUGUCGCGACUGUUGCAUUCGGCGACAAGGGCGGUGAGACUGGUAUGGGCACACAGGCUGUACCCGUCGAUUCGAAGGAUAGAGGAGGAACCGUCGCGCCUGUUGCACCCGGCGACUCGGACAGUGAGACUACUACGGGCACACCUACAGGUGUCGAUGCCCACGGUUCCGAGGCACGGAUAGACAUUACGACCGAGCGUACGCUUAGCACUCGCGAUUUAGAGACUCAGACGGACGUCGUGCUCGAGAGGAAAGAAGAGCACAACCUCGCGCCGGUUGACGAUUCAUGGAUCGAAGAUUGGGAGAUGGCCAUCUUUCGCUGCCACUGCGGCAGGCCGUUCGUGACCCGGGAAAGACUCGUCGAGCACACACGACUGUGGCAUUCCGUCGGCUCGCCGAGUCUGCAGCCCGUCGCGGACAGGUUCUUCCUGCCGAUAGGACAGAGAAUUUUACAGUUCGAUAACAACAUCGAAUGGUUGUUGAUUUCAUAUGUUUUCGGAUAUGACACCAUCUUCACGGCGGUGUCAAAAUACAUCAUUCUCUCCAACAUACCCAUUACCUCGUCCUUCUACGUUAGCAUCCACAUCCACACCCCGCAGAAGGUGACGGAAAAACUCAUGGAAUCAUGGAAAGCUCUCAUGGACAAAUUCGUGUCACAUAUACGGGCAGUCCGCGCGCGACUCUCCAUACGUCCCGGACAAGUGAGGCCAAUCUCGAGGUGCAUUAGAUCCCGGCGUCAGGCGGAAUGCGAAUACCUUCAGCUAGGGGCGUUUGUCGGAACUUUUGAUCGCUGCGGCUUGUCGGAUGAAAAAAGCAUACGCGCCACCAGUCUGCAGACAAUUUCCAACAGCGUGGCAGAAUUCGGGUCUAUUUAUACCCCGACAACCAUUCCGACUGCUCAUGGGUACCCGGUGUUAAAGAAUUCGUGAAGAACCUUAUAUCAUCUAACAAGGGCCUAACACUUACGGAAUUUCCCUCCAACAAAAGGAGUCACAGAUAGUCUUCUACUGGUACAUAGGUAUGUACUCCACCUGAUUUCUGUUGCGAUGAUCCAGAUGACUUACCAGCUGCAAUCCAGAGCGCCUUGUCGUCCGCGUCG